AUGUCGCGGGGUGAAGCGGCUGCUGGAGGUGAAGUGUGCAAGGUAGAAGGAAACGUUCUUGUGACAGGAGGUUUCUUGGCUGUGCAAGGACUCAUUGCUAGUACAGUGAAAAGCAUCACCAACUUGUGCUUGUGUUGGGCUUGAAAAUUAACAUAAAAACAAAUCCUGUAUUCCAGACAUGUUUAACACUUCUAGAAAGAACCUGGUGUUCUUUUGUUUCUUUAAAUUUACAAAUCCCUGAAUCAUAGAAUUGUAGAGUUGGAAGGGACCCUGAGGGUCAUUUAAUGCAGCGUUUCUCAACCUUUUUCCAACCCUGGCUCCCUUUGCACCUUGUUUCCUUCCUGUGACCCCCUGUCCUACCUGUAGAAAGGUAGCAAUUUCAAUGUUUUGUUUGUAAACAGAACAUGUUUUAAUUUUAAUUUUUAUAAUUUACACAAAACACAAUUACAUAAAAAAAAAAUUCUUUAAGUAUUUCUCUAUCAAUGUGACCCUUGUGCUUGAUGACCAGAAACAAGCUUUUUAUAUCUAUUGCUGUGAGGAAUAACCAAAGAUCAUCUCUGUCCGGUAUGUUAAGGUGAUUCCAGGUUAGGCUGAGUAAAUAAUUCACACAACUGAGACCUGAAUCUACCAAAGACAAAGUAAGAAAUGCCAUGAAAACAGUUUUGCUUGAUCAUUUCUCACUUCCCUCUGUGGUCCCCUGGUCUCGUGCCAUGGCCCCCCAUUUACACAAUUUUCACCUGAGGCCCCUGGGGGCCCCCGGUUGAGAAAUGCCAAUCUAGUCCAACCCCAUCCAAUGCAGGAGUCUCAAGUAAAGCAUCCCUGGCAGAUGAUGGCAGGUGUUUGUGUGAAAGAAGAUAUUGAGUUUACCAGGUGCUCUUGCAACUGCUUAUCUUCUUUUUAUGACAGUGAAUGAGUGUUACAAAAUCUCGCAUGGUGCCAACCAGUAAGAGUUUGUCUAAAUGUUUGGAAAUAGCUUCUAGAAUGCAUCUCUUUCUGCCAUCCAGGUGAGAUGAGUAAAAGAGAUUAACCUCUUUUAAAGCUCUCCUGGCAAGAGGCCCAGGCCAUUAGUAAUUGUGGGGAGGGGAGGCAGAGGCUGAGGUAAUCAUAUCUUAGUUUAACACAGUCUUCCUCACCCUCGGCCCUCCCGAUGUUUUUGGUCUACAACUCGCAUGAUCCCUAGCUAGCAGGACCAGUGGUCAGGGAUGAGGGGAAUUGUAGUCUCAAAAACAUCUGGAGGGCUGAGAUUGAGGAAGCCUGGUUUAACACAGCUAAAAGAAAUCUGAUGUGCUUUUGUAUCUUUAAAUCUACAAAUGAGGCAGAAUGACAGAUAUAUUUACAGUGAUGCUAUGAAUUCAUUGGGUGCUCUUGCAACUCAGCUUGCUCGGAACAUGGGGUCCUGUAAUGGUGUCCCACUUGUGGUCUCUUCAGCCCAAAAUUGAAACUACCUUCUGAGGUACACAAUAUUUUUAGAGGUGUUUCAAAGCAGUAGCUUCCUAUUUUCCUAGAGCAAUGGUUUCCAAAGCUCCCCCUCCCCCUGGCAUGGACCACUUGAAAAUUGCUGGGAGUCUUGGCAGACCAUGUAAUGGUUUUUCUGCCUGUUAUGCCAAUUGUAAUGGGUUGUGCUAGAUGCUGCAUGGUUUUAAUUUUAUUUGUAUGGCUUCCAUUAUUUCUUUUAUUGUAUUUUAUUGUGUUACAAUUUGAAUACUGUACUGUAGAAGUCAAACUGCAAUAAAUAAAAAGCAAUAGAAGAAAUAAUAGAAGCCAUACAAAUACCAUUAAAAAUCAGUAUGAAUAUUUAAUGCAAUUGAUGUGUCUGUUGGGUUUUACAUCUUAAUUCUAGCCUCCCGUUAACUUUAUUGGAUAAAAGAAAUAAAAGAAUGGCAAUAGCUUAUUAAUGAAUUUAUCUGGGACAGGCUUCCUCAACCUCGGUCCUCCAGAUGUUUUGAGACUACAAUUCCCAUCACGCCUGAUCACUGGUCCUGCUAGCUAGGAAUCGUGGGAGUUGUAGGCCAAAAACAUCUGGAGGGCCAAGGUUGAGGAAGACUGAUCUGGCACAAUAAAAAACCACAGCUGAGUGCAGAUACAGUGACAGACCUAUUAGAACAGGCUUUCUCAAACUUGGCCCUCCAGAUGUUUUUUGGCCUACAACUCCCAUGAUCCCUAGCUAGCAGGACCAGCGGUCAGGGAUGAUGGGAAUUGUAGUCUCAAAACAUCAGGAGGGCUGAGGUUGAGGAAGCCUGUAUUAGAAAAUCUACAGAUCUCUUUAUUCUGGCCUUUGACACCUAAGAUGUAUGUUUUCAGGGUCAACCAUAUUCCUGCAAUUGUGAUCUGUUCCAAGUGUUUUUAAUUUUGAAUUGCUGCAACACAACCUGGGACCUGCUAGUGAAGGAUGGGUAAUAAUAAUUUUAGAAAACAGAAAAGGGGUUCUGGUUGUACUGAUCCUCACCUUCCAGGCAGACCCCCAGGCUCUAAGAACGAUGGAGCAGCUGCUGCACCCACUACUCUUGCUAGACCACCUGCAUGAAGCUUGCAAACCAUGGGUGGUCCAUGGAUCAGCUUGGGAACACCUGUCCUGAGUACUGCACAGCUUGAUUUGGCAGAGGGCUGUAAGGAUAAAUGUGACUCUACUUUUAAGGGCACCUCCCAUAUUUAGCUGAGGUUAGGCCCAACCGAGCGGGCAGUGCGAGAAGCCAGAGUGAAGUACCACCUAAAGGAUAUUAGACCUGUUCGUACUUAGUUCUUUAACAAAAGCUUUGGCCUAAUCCUCAUUAAAAGAGAACAUUACAGGGACAUUGACUGUUCCACCUCUGGCAGAAAAAUGUCCUGGACUGGGCUUGGGCUUAUCUGCUUGUGCAGACAGAUGGGAGUUUUGUCCCAAGGUCUGCUGUCCUCCUUUGCACCUUCCAAAACGCUGUUCUGGAGAAUCCCCCAGCCCUCUGAAAACCAGUUUGCAGAAGCAGCAGACAAGGAAACCAGAAACACCUUGCCCCUGUGUAAGCAGAAAAACCUUCCCUUUAGGCAGACCUUCCUUAGGAUCCAAGCCUCCAGAACUCUAAAAGGUUCUGCUGCACCUAUUCAGUCCAAACAUUUCACUGAUAAGUACGGUUCUGUUUUUGCCUAGUCACCACAGCUGACCUCGGGGAAGCAGCUUCUCUCUUAUCCCUCCUGUAGUAUAAGAGAGCCCCUUCUGUGCAGCUGAGUGAAAGUGGCAACUGCCUUAUCCCUGUUUACAUCUUAGCAGCACAAGCUUACUCAUUCACAGCAGAAAGUUCAAGGCCCACAUGCCUAUACUUGUAGUCUGAGGCACUAAAAGGACACUCACCAAAAAACCCUCUAGCGUGCAGAUAUUAACACUGAUCAAACUCACCGCUACUGAAAAAAGGAUCCCAGCAAAACAAGAAUAUGUGCAACUUGAUGUGCUGUGUGAACUUUAUGUAGGGUAAAGGUCACAGCUGUUCAGCAAGCACAAAAGGGGGAGCAAAUGGCUCAAAGCCCCAACUGGGCUCCCUGUUGUGUACAGAUCCAUUUUGUUUUUCAUUCAUUUUAUACUACUGUCUAUUUAAACAUUCACAUUUUAUUUGUCUAACGAUUAUCAGCAGGCCACUUAACAGGAGUGUACAGUGAAGAGAAAAUAUUUAUAAUUACAAUGUGUUGAGGUAGUAAUAUAGGGACUUUUAUUUAUGCUGAAAUAAAUACAGUAAUUUGGAAUUGGUUAUCAAAGCAAAUAUUAGGCAAGAUCAAGAAAUGCUCAGCUGUCAACAGCAACAUUAGAGCGUCAGUGGGAUGAAGCCUUUUUCAAACAACACUUUCAAAAGACAUCCGGCCUGUUGAGGGGGUCCUAGGCUAGGCACUGCUAUGGCACAAUUAUGAUUCCCGUGGGCACAGCCAGACCACCUCAGUAAAUAAGACACCACUAAAACUGCAUUUCUGACCAAUCACAAGAACUGGAACAAUAAGAGGUCCUUGGAUAAUUUACAAUAAUGUAUUAAAUCCAAAAUGAAAUUUCUGAUCCCACUAAAUUAGCAAGACUAGCCGUGCUCAAGAAAAAGUCUCUAAGCGCCAUGCAUGCCCUUUAAUAUGUACUGUAUAUAUCUUUUGAAAUAUUUGAUGGAAGCUGAUCUCCUUAUUAUGGGUAUCUUGUUUUUUACUCCCAGGAUUAGGCUGGCAUGUAAAUGUGUGGAGAGAAAUGAGGGGGGAGGGCACGGUGGACCUGCAAGGGGAGUUUGCAUAAGCCGGCAGUUGUGCAGAUUCCCCGGGCACCACGCAGUUUGCCGACAAGUAAGCAAGUGUGUGAAUGUGCAGGGAUGCCUGGGGAAUGUCCCAAGGAGCACGCAGGGCUGCUCUGGGGUUUUCUGGUUCUCCUCGCGAAGGGGGAGGGAGAUUUCGCGGGAGUUCGCAGCUGUUUUCGGCUGCCUUCCAUCCCUCCCUUUGCGCUGCAGUCCGGGCACCACUCGGGGCCUACUUCCGAGGAGACGGGGCUGCGCCAGCAGGCGCGGAAGGGGGAAUCCCUCUCAGGGCGGCGGCGGCGGCGGCGCCUCGAAGCGCAGCGACCCCGGCCGGGGGAGGGGGAGGGGCGGCGCGGGGCGGGGCCUGGUGACGUGUGGCCUUCGUCAUCGAGCUCGCGCGCCCCCGCCCGCCUCCCUCGAAGCGCCUGGGCUGCCGACGCGCGCGCGCGCGCCCUCCUCCCUCCCUCCCUCCCUCCCUGCCUGGCUCGCUCGCUCGGUGGCGGUUUGUGCGCGCGAGGCGCUCUCCAGGCUCCUCCGGCCCGAGGCUGGUGGCGGCGGCGGCGGGGCAGAGGCAGCACCGGCGGCAGCAGCAGCAGCGCCGCCCUUCGCCCUCCCAGCGCGGCCGGGAAGCAGCUGCUCCCCCCCCCGCCCGCCCGGCAGCGGCUCCUCCUCCUCCGCCUCCUCCUCCUCCCGCUGCUGCUGCUGCUGCUUCAGGAACAAAGGGAGGAAGCGGCGGCGGCGGCGGCGGGGCUGUCUUCCCGCCCGAGCCCGGGAUAGCGGCGGCGGCGGCGGCAGCGGCCUCCUCCUGCUCCUGGUUUCCGCGUCUUUGUCCUCUGGCUCGGAGUCUGGCCGGGAGCCUCGAGGCGGGUGAGUCGCCCUUCCUUCCUUCCCUCCCUCUCGGGGGGGGGGGGCUACGGACCCCUUUCUGCCCCCCCCCCGGCGAGGGGGCUGGGUGUCUCCGCGUCCCCCCCGCGCCACGGAGGCGGCGGCGGACAAAGGGCCGCGCAGGGGCGGCCGGGCUUCGGCUCUUCGGGGGGGGGGGGAGAGAGAAAGAGCUUUCCCCGGAAAGGGGCCUCCUUCGCGACCACCGCCCCAACAGCCAGGCGAGAGAGAGGGGGGGCUGGCAGAAGACCCUCGGAGGGGGGGGAAGGAGGCAGACAAAGAGCUGGCCGGGGGGGGGACCAGGCGGCUCCUCUCCCGCCCCCCCCCCCCGGACAGAGGCGGCUUCCUGGGCCCCGUGGGCCGCCUGGCCUGGCUUUCCUCCUGGGCUGGGCCUGGCCGUGACUCAGGGAUUCUCCGGCAGGCCUCUCGCCGCCGCGCCCCCCCCCCGCCUCCCUCGGCGCUUCCUCUCUCCUCCUCCUCCGGCAGCAGCAGCGGCUCCCUUCCCUUUGUUUGGUCCCCCCCCCCCCCGCGCCCGCUUCUUCAGGCCUCAGGCCUAGUUUCCCCCGCUGUUCCAUUGUGUUUCCACAGAGGAGUUCUCCUUUUCUGCCCCCUUCCUAAUGAAAUUGCAUCUAAAAGAAGGAAACCUUGAUAAACCUAGUCGCGGUUUGUAAGCUUUGCUUAAACUAAAACUGUUAGUGUCGUGAAGCCUCGGGGCCUUGAUGGUAGACGGGGCACGUUCCCCACGUUAGGCGCACGAAUGCCGCACGGCGUGUCUGUAGCCGCGGCUUUGGAGCAGCAUUGGAACUAACAUGGACGGAGUUCUCUCGAGGCAAGCCGUGCAGUUGAGCAAGCGCAGCUUUCUUGAGCUGGAGAGCGGUAACCCGAAUAAGCAUAUUUUAGGAGGAACCAUCUGGUGCAUGCAGUUUGUAGGGUGUGCUCUGGAGUGACACAAUUGCAGUCAUCUGGGCCAUUUAACUGUUCUUGCUACUCUUGCUCAGGGCUAAAAUCCCUGAUAAAUUCUCGAUAUAGUUAUCAGCCUGACAUGUUUCUCUUCAUCGAGUGUCCUUUGUUAAGCUGCUUCUAUAGUUUCCUGUUGGUACAUUUUUGCUGCUUCAGUUCUGUGGGCUGUACAGGAGCUGGGCAGCCUUUGGAGAUAUAAAUAGAAGCUGAUUUCAGAGGCCCCUGUUGACGAGCUUAUGCCUGAGCCUCCAGCUCAGCCUGUCACAUUGCAGCCUUGUGACAAGCGGAAGCUAAUGCACUCACCAUGUGACUUGGGCUUCGGAGAAAUAUUAAAGCAAGCAGACGACGUGCAUGUGAUAGUAUUCGAACCCAGUAUUCCAGUAAAAAAGCUAAAGGUCUAAACAACGGUAGCUAGCUUAAAAUUAUGAAAUUCAUACCCGAUAACAAACAUUGUUUUUCUGUAAAGAUUUGUUUGGCUUGCCAUGCUAGUCAUUUGCAGGUGCAAACUUCUUUGAUACUGAUGAUGUCAUUCUAGGGCUUUUUAAUUGGAUGGUGCAAAAUUUACAUGAAACUAGAAAAAUGAAAAUGGCACAGCUUUGUUUUUACAGAUAAGUUUUACAUAGCUUACGGUGUCGAUUUUACAUUUGUUUUGGAAAAACAGGUCAAAUUUGUGACCACAUAUUCUCCCAAACAAAUGUUUCUUUAUAAAUUACAAGCUGAUUUUAGUGAGUUAGGGUGGACUUUAUGGUGAAGGUGUGCCUGAAGUCUGCCUUGUGAUAUUUAUUCAGCAAAAAUUAUCUACUGUUUUGUGAAACAGGCCCUCUUUUUCUGUCCCCCUUGAGCAUAUCUUCUAAAAUGCUAUAUUAUAACAAUUGUGGAAAAGUGACCCACUCGUAUGUAUGGUACAGGACUCUUCAGGCCUUUUAGAACAAGGAUAAACUCUGAAGCCAUUCUCAGUUGAUUUUCUUAAAGAUGCUUGUGCAGAAAAAACAUGAUAAUUCAGGAUAUGUAAAUUCAAGCUUUAGAAGUUUCAUACUGUUUAAAAUGUAUACAUGAAAAAUCUUCACAGGGCAUAUUUGCAUUUUUAUUCAUUUCACAGUUUUAUAUGCUGCCUUUCCAUUGUUGACGUCUUCGAAUGCUUUUCUUUCUAGUAGACCAUUAUUACACGUUACAAUCCAAUUAAUGUAGUGCCAUGGGAACAGAGGUUAUGGAUCCUAUAUUUUUAUAUCAGUCUUGCAUAGCUUAUAUGGUAAUGAAGUUGAAGUGUUUAUGUUGCUAAAACAUGACCCGUGUCAUGCACAGAUGAGGCGGCCUUUUCAAGCAGGAAAUUUUGUUCAAGUUUGUUUUGAUAGUCACGGUAUUUUGCUGAGUUGCUGUAAAAUGAGUGGCUUGUUUUAAUGAAUAUAUUAAGCAGGACAUCUUCCAAAAAGCCUGCUUCAAGUGAAACUCUUCAGCUUAAUAGCUUUUGUCUUAUUAAAAUAGUAGAUGAUUUUGUAUAAAAUAAUUUAAACACAUGGUGUUCUCAGUUAGCAUGGGGUUGCGUUGGUUGCGGGCCCAAGUUCUCAGGUCCUGUUGAGCUAGUCUACCAAGAAUAGUGCUCCAUCCUUAUCUCCAUAAUUUGUUUUUACUAUACAAAGCGGUGUGUCUCUUGAGCCUAAAAGUACUCCCCAUGCUGUGAGAUCUAUUGAUAGGCAAUAACCAGAACAGGCAUGAAUGGAGAAGCAUAAGACUUUUCUGCUUUAUUGAAUAGACUUGAAGAUUUAAAAUCACUAUGAAAGGUUCAGGACACAUUUGUGUCCCUUUGAGUGACAAAUCACAGUCCAGGGUUUUAUGAUUAGCAUAUGUUGGUCUGCCUUCUCCACAGGAAUAAAGGAAAACAGAACCACAAACUAUUUUGAUAGUUCGUAUAUUUUGCUUCUAGUGUUGUUCUUGUUGCAUCCCACUCCACAGAUGGGGCAGGUAGAGCAAAACGGAGGAAUCCUAGAGUGGGAAGGGACCUGAAGAGUCAUCUAGUCCAGGCAUGGCCAGAUUUGUCCCUCCAGCUGUUUUGGGACUACAACUCCCAUCAUUUUUUAAAAAAAUAAUAUUCAUUAUUUUUCCAAAAACACUAAAAAAAGAAGAAAAAAAGAAAAACAAUACGAUACAACACAUCAAAUUAACAAAACAAGACAAAGACAAUAAAAUAAAUCAAACAAUUUCAUUAUGCCAUCUUUCAUUCACUUAUUUCCACAACCUCCUCACACCUCCCUUUUUGUAUUCCACUUCUGUUAAUUAUUUCAGCAAUUCCUUUCCAUCUUCCUCUGUUUUCUAUCCUAUAAUUAUCUUAACUCAUUCUAACCUUAUUUUUUCCUUUAAUACUCUAUUAACCUAUCUGUACUUAAUUCCUUAUAAUAUUUCUACUAAAGCCAUAUAACUUCAUUUCAACAUUUUUCUAACAUUCAUUAAUUUUACAAUAUUUCUGUAGAUAGUCUUUAAACUUUUUCCAAUCUUCUUCCACCAACUCCUCUCCCUGGUCUCGGAUUCUGCCCGUCAUUUCCGCCAGUUCCAUGUAGUCCAUCAACUUCAUCUGCCAUUCUUCCUGGGUGGGCAAAUCUUGUGUCUUCCAGUACUUUGCGAUGAGUAUUCUUGCUGCUGUUGUUGCGUACAUAAAAAAAGUUCUAUCCUUCUUUGGCACCAAUUGGCCGACCAUGCCCAGGAGAAAGGCCUCUGGUUUCUUCAAGAAGGUAUAUUUAAAUACCUUUUUCAUUUCAUUAUAAAUCAUCUCCCAGAAUGUCUUAAUCCUUGGGCACGUCCACCAAAGGUGAAAGAAUGUGCCUUCAGUCUCAUUACAUUUCCAACAUUUAUUUUCAGGCAAAUGGUAAAUUUUUGCAAGCUUGACUGGUGUCAUGUACCACCUAUAAAUCAUUUUCAUUAAGUUUUCUCUUAGGGCAUUACAUGCCGUAAAUUUCAUACCUGUGGUCCAUAACUGUUCCCAGUCAGCCAUCAUUAUAUUAUGUCCAACAUCUUGUGCCCAUUUAAUCAUAGCUGAUUUCACCGUUUCAUCCUGAGUGUUCCAUUUCAACAGCAAGUUAUACAUUUUUGACAAAUUCUUAAUUUUGGAAUCUAGCAAUUCUGUUUCCAAUUUUGAUUUUUCCACCUGGAAACCAACUUUUUUGUCCAAAUUAUAUGCCUCCAUUAUUUGGUAAUAAUGGAGCCAAUCUCGCACUUUAUUUUUCAAUUUUUCAAAGCUCUGCAUACAAAUCCCAUCAUCCCUAGCUAACCGGACAAAUGGUCAGGGAUGAUGGGAAUUGUAGUCCCGAAACAGCUGGAGGGCCAAGUCUGGCCAUGCCUGAUCUAGUCCAAUGCUCUGCAGUUGUAGGAGCCACAGUUAAAGACAGAUAGAAUGUUUCCACACUCCAGUAAAGAUGGCUGGAUCAGGACCCUUAAGUCUAAAUCAAAGGAGCAUAAUUGCAGUGGGUUGGACUGGAUGACCUUUGAGAUGAUCCUUGUGGAUGUGGUCUUUUCAGCACCGAAUGACUGUCAGUGGAACAUACAUUUAGAUUCACCCCUGCCAUAUGCUUACUUGAAAGCAGUGCAUUGUGGGCAGGUUGCAUUGAUGCCUGUAUGCACUUAACAUUGACCCUCAGGCGUCUAAGCUAUGAGGCAACAUUUUUUCUGUAGUAAAGCAAUUCAGGUGAGGUUAAUUUGGGACUGGAGAAUAUGAAUCCAGUCUUCCCUCUCCUUUUUAGGCCCUAGGCUGAAAAUAAUCAAUAGGCAAGCUACUUACCUCUCUUCAGCUUCAACAGUUGAGGUGGCAUUCCUGCUUAUUCCUGCCAAUUUGACUUACAAGAUGAAGGAAUCACACAGGUGUAGCUCACAAUCCUGUCUGCAUUUGGGGGGAAGGCGGUAUUUUUUCACAAAGUUCAAGUGGAAACAGGCUUUUGCCUCAUACCUCACUUACUCUGUUUGGAGUGGUUUCCUUUAGUCCUGUCCCUUUUCCUGUUAUGGUUGCCUGUGCUUAUACACAGAGAAUGACCACUGUGGAAAUAUGGCUAUGUGAUGUUAUCUUAUGUAAUGGCUAGUUCAUGUGAAUUAUGAUCUUAUAGCAACUUCUAAAGCAGUUUGUGUGUGUGUUUAUUUACAGCACAAGAUGGCUCAGGAGACCAACCAGACCCCAGGGCCCAUGCUGUGUAGCACAGGAUGUGGAUUUUAUGGGAAUCCUAGAACUAACGGAAUGUGUUCUGUCUGCUAUAAAGAACAUCUUCAAAGACAGCAAAAUAGUGGCCGAAUCAGUCCAAUGGGUAUGUGCUGGAGGAACAUAAUAUAACUGAAAUGCUAGCUGUGAAUACUGUCACAUUUCAGAUAUAAACAUUUAAGUGAACAUUUGUACUAUUCUAGUAACUUUGAAGCAUUUUUGUGUAUAAGCCAAAUUAACUCAUUAAAAAGACUUCCAAGUAUUUAACAGCUGUAGUAUCUACAUAUUACGAAGUUUACAUUUCUAAUCUAUGCUUAUAUUUUCCCCCUUCAUACAGGAACAUCAAGUGGUUCCAACAGUCCUACCUCAGACUCUGCAUCUGUACAGAGAGCAGAUACUAGUUUAAACAACUGUGAAGGUGCUGCUGGCAGCACAUCUGACAAAUCAAGGUAAGAGCAGUGUAGAGCCUGAUAGUGAAAUGAAAUAAUUCUGGGAGAGUAUGUAAGGGACACUCUAAGCCUAUUACUGUUAUAACAGUUUCUGCUACAGCUAGUUUGUAGGGGAAAUAACUGCAGAGUUUAUUAUUUCUGCAGUCAAACGGCUCUGAGCUUUACAAUGAGGGAAUUGAUGUAAAUGCCUUAGUUUGCUAUAAGGUUAGAUUACAAGGACACUUAGAUAUUACAGUCUAUACAUCAAACUUUAUCACCAGUGAGUUCAGUCAUAGUUGUCAAAGAAGAGCCCAGGGUUUUUAAGUUUUAGCUUUAUAAGAUGUUAGUCUUCCUAAUAGCACUAACAGAUUGCUCUCAUUUCACUGAAUGCAAGCAGAAAUGUGCCUGUUGCCGCCUUGCCUGUAACACAGCAAAUGACAGAAAUGAGCAUUUCAAGAGAGGAGAAAGUAACUCCGAAAACAGAAACAACAGAGCCAGGUAUGCCUUUUUAAAAGUCGCUUAAGUGCAGCUAGUUCAGUGGGACCUGGCAGGUGUAGACGUUUGGUAACCAAUGAGAAAAACUAUGCCAUAUUCUCUUUAGUAUUUGGUUCUUUAGCAUUAAAAGGCAAAAUUGCAAAGUAAAAGAUUUAUCAUCCUUAGAUCAAUUUGUUCACUGUUUGUAAGAGUUCAUCCAACAGUUAUUAUAAGUAGAUUAAUGUCGCUAGUCCCUUCAGCAAAAAUGAAUUGAGUAGUGAGAAUGUGCUAUUCUUUUUUUAUCUAAAGAAAACCAUACAAAAUGGUUGGCAUUUUUUCCCUUAAGCAUUUUGAAUGAAUUCUUUAAUGUGCUGCAGUUCACCAGUCUUUACAACUUUCAAUAGUUACUUUAGAUCACUGGAGAAAUCCAACAAUCUUCCAAAUAAGGUUGGGUUUUUUUUAAGUAUCUUUGUUUUUUAUAUCCCUAUUUUAUAUCUGUUUUGUAUACCAACUUCACUGAAAUGAUCAUUUCUGAAUAUAAUAUACCUCCAUGCAUUGUUAUUCAGGCCUUUUUAAAGACUUGACAUUUUGAAGUAACUUCUGGUACUUGUAAAGUGUUUAUGAAAUAUUUCCUAGAUUUGAAUAAGUUCACAAGGUUGAAAUCCAUAGAGCAUUUUGCAUGAGUGUUUUUGUAUUAAUUUGCAUUCAAUAUUCCCACUAUUGAAUGUUCUGGUGCUGAAGUCAUAAUCGAUGGGUAUAUAUUUACAUUAAUUGUUUGGAUGAACUCUUCUUAUAAUAGGCUUUUAAAAGUUGUUUUUAGUAAUGUAUUUUUGCUAUAUGGUUUUGUUUGAACGCUUUGAUAUUAGGAUGGUUUGAUUCUUUUGCCAAUAUUUCUUGCUGGUGUAUAGUAUCAUAAAAUGUAAUUCUAAAUAAGGUGAAUUUGGACAUGGGAUUCAUUUAGAAGUAAGUGAAAAGGCCAGCCCAACAGGUACAGCCUUAAUGAUGAACAGCUUUAUACAUCAGGGGACCUUUUUAUGUAUAUUCCUGAUAAAUGUGAAGGUAGACGGCAAGCUGAAAGAUAUUUAAAUAGCACAAUGAUUUCUAUAUUUCUUUGAAUCAAGUAGCAUACAUAUUAAUGUUCAGAAACUAGGUGGGAGUAUAUAAAAUGAUAGAAUAUGCUAUGGCCUAUGUAUCAUGUGUGUUGUUCCACCCAUCUUCCACAGACGUGUCUUUUAGUAAGCUUAAUAAAUCUGUAGUGUAAGUAAACAGAUAAUGCAUUAAAUGAAAGGGUGUUUUUUAACUGCAUAGAUUAGGUAAAAAAGAAAAAGUAGUAGUAGUAUGAUAGCGUUAGCUCUUCAUUUAUGAUGAUAGUGCAGCAACACUGAAUACUGUGUGCACAGAAAGAUGGAAACAUACCACACUAAGGUGUUGAGCACCCAGAAAUACCUUCCUAGUUCUCUGGAGCAGCUAUGGGCUGAUGCAGAUUCUGUUUGAAGGUGAGGGUGAUUAUAGGGGAGAAAAUAGGAAAGAGGAACCUCCAAGGUACAUCCUUUCAGCCAAUGUAUGUUUUUUGUGGUGGCAAGAGUAGUAGUUUGCUGAAAGUUUGAGUGAGACCAUAAAAUAUCCAUUCCGAAACCUGCAUCUUUACUCUUGGUAAUCUCCAGCACACAAGUCUUCUACAAUCCAUUCCUUGGGAACCAGCCCAGAAGGUUAUGGGCUCUACUUGGUGCUUCUAUCAAGACUGAAUUGCUUGAAUCCUAAACUAACUUGAGAAAUUUAACUUAAUGGAAUGAAGCUUUACUUCCCCCCCCCCCCCCACACACCGCCCCUGAAAAAGUCUCUGAAGGGGAGGCGUCCUGAAUAAUAUGGAAGGGUACAGAGGACUUAUGGAAAAGAUGAGGACUGUGGCAACUUAGAAGCCACUGCCCCACAAAAGGUGGGGAACCCCCCAGGGAAGCUUUUCAUGGGUCAUAGGUUGCUAUAGGCAGAAGGGGGGGGGGGAGAACUUUGUGUUUUCAGGUUAACAUAAUAAGAGAACCAUUCUAAUGAUUUCUUUACUACAAAAAGGAGACAGGGAGGAUGAAGGAGUAGGUGCUUCCAAAAAUUAAUUCAGCAUCUCUUUCUAUAAAUAAACUACAACACUGGGGUGUGUAAAGAAGAGAAUUUAAAAUGUGGAGAUGAAAGCAGUUUAGAAUUACAGUAUACCACGUCUAAUCAACUUUGGCCGGUUUUAUUCUUUUCAGUUGUUACUCAACCCAGUCCUACAGUUAGUCAGCCUAGUACAUCUCAGAAUGAAGAGAAAACACCUGAAAUGCCUAAACCAAAGAAGAACAGAUGUUUUAUGUGCAGAAAGAAGGUUGGCCUUACAGGUAUGCUAUUAGACACUGCAUUAUCCACACUUAUCCAGUCUUAAAUAUAGUUACUGCUGAGGACUUGCAUACUUUGAAACUUUGUGACACUUUGAAAUGGCACAGAUGUAUGUAUGUACGGGAGUUCAGUUUUUUAUUCCACAUGACGAAACCUAGGUCUUCACCGAACAGGACUUUAUGCUGUUUUUGUGCUUUUACAGGGUUUGAUUGCCGAUGUGGAAAUCUGUUUUGUGGACUUCACCGUUACUCUGACAAGCACAACUGCCCAUAUGAUUACAAAGCAGAAGCUGCAGCAAAAAUCAGAAAAGAGAAUCCAGUUGUUGUGGCCGAAAAAAUCCAGAGAAUAUAA